UCUCAUCUCUUGCAUCGUAAUAUCCCAUCUCCAAUGAACAGGGAACACCCCAUUAGGUCGCUUUUUGGCUCCAUCGCUUCACUUGCACUUACCAUCACUGCCUUUUGAUUGUCUUUAACUUCAAUCUUUGCUUAUACCCCACCCUUCAUGGGAUCAAAAGCCACGGCUCAUCCAUAACAAGGCUCAGCGAAACUCGAUACUUCGAUUAGGCCUCAUGAAGUCGCAUUCGACCUAUUUCUCAGGCUGAAAACAUGGGAACCUGCGAGGCUAUCAGGCACUCUCCCUUGUCGACGUUAAUGUUCGGGUGCUACAAUGUCCAAAUCCGUCUUGAGCGUCAAACGUACGAGAGUGCAAAAGGUAUGCACUCUUUGGACGCAUGACGAGAAUUUCUCAAGAGAUGAUGUCGUUUUCAAUGGGGAAAAGUUCCCAGAGUUCCCAGCAACACCUGGCUCCUUGAUACAGAUCAUAGCUCUUAAGCAGGCUACGGUCAUUCGAGAUUUCCAGAAUGCUGCAAAUACCCCCCAAAACGAUACAAGCCAAGCAAAGGCCGAGAAUACUUCUAGGGAUGCUAUGCCGGAAGAUCAACCAAGGCGGACUCGUCGAGGGUCUGUGAUGAUUACUCUUGAUGAAAAUGGAGCACCUCUCCAAGGAGGGCGCGAGGUCGAUCUCGAGAAGUCAUAUAUCUUUGUCGCGAAACCACUCUCUGCAGAUCUGAAAUCUAAGCAUCCCAAUUUGCAAGUCUCCCUUUCUGAAAAGAUCGCGAAGGUCUUCGGCUUGCGUAGCCGCAUGCAGAUUGUUGUAACUCCUGCCGAUGAAGAUACCCAUUCUGCAUCCCAUGUGGAGGUCGCCUUCCGCGACGAAUAUCUUGCUCGGGCUGAUAUGUGGCGGAUGUCCGUCUCUGAACUCAGCAAUCGCACGGUCUAUCGAGGACAAAAGCUGCUUUUCAUGGGCACCAUCAAAGCCACAAUCAGGAAUGUCUACAUCAACGGGCAGUCGACACACUCCGGCUAUUUCUCGUCAAUGACCAAACCCGUAUUUCGUAGUGAGUCAGCUCGCUACGUGCUCUUCAUUCAGAUGUCUAAAGAGAUGUGGGACUUUGACGCAGAAGGCGCAGGUGAAAUCAUGUUCAACAAGGUUGUGAAUGGGUUUCUUCCCGAUCUUUUCAAGAGAUGGAUGAAACUAAAUGCGCGACAUUUAGUUACGAUCAUUCUCUUCACUAGGAUGGAAUAUGAUGGAGAGUCAUUUCCGGAUCAUGUUGGUGAGCCGGCCAAUAACAAUGGCUUCGAGGCACAGUCCCACCAUUCCAGAGAUUAUUAUCGCGUUGUCGUCAGCGACAUGGCUAGCGGAGAUUGGAUCAACAUCUUAUAUCAGCUCAAGAAGGAGUUCAGAACGUUUCUUCGAGAUGUAUCACUUGUACCGAGGUCGAAAAGCCAUGUCACAAAUCGCGAGGAAAAUGCUACGGCGGAUGAACUCAUAAUCGCGGGCAAGCCAUCGACUGCGACUCACGGAAACGUCCUGGAGGCCAUUAAUCUGGCUGCAGCGCAAUUUGCAAAAGACUACAUUGAUCGCGACUUAGUUCGGACCGGGAUUUCUGUCGUUGUCAUCACUGCAGGAACAGGUGUUUUUGAAGUAGACUACAACAUGUUGAAACUGACUACAGAUACGCUUAUUGGAUCCGGUAUCGGCAUCGACUUGGUCUGUCUCUCACCGAUGCCGUUACACUCAGUUCCACUGUUCAAAUACCGUACCCCCCGAGUCAUGUCUGGUACGAGAUCCAAGCCAGUCAAACAUCGCACACCUCGUGGCAGACAGGGGUCUACGGACGCUUUCAAUGAGCAAGACGAUAAGACUCCCCGUCAACACUAUCCAAACUUCGGAUCAAUGGUUGAAGCAUCUCUAGCUCUCCCUCCUCCUAUCAUCUCGAAUGACACGCCACUCGUAUCUCCAUUUGAACUUGAUGAGUGGAGGUAUGCUAUGCCACACUGGGUUGAUGUGUCGUUUUGGUCUGGACCAUCUGAUGAAAUCGUUGAGCUUUCGAAACCUCGAAAGGCUAUGAAAGCGGUGACGAAGUAUCAGAGGAGGAGGGGUAACUUUUCUCUGCGCUGUCGAAUGUAUGAACUGCAGAUGAUGGGGGUCAUGGAAAACGAGCUUGGCGAUAUCGCAAUUCCAUACAUGGAAGAAGAAACCCUUUACCCGCAUAUUCUACGGGAGCAAUUCGAUGAUCCCAAAGGAACGACCGAAGCACAGCCCGUGAAUACCAUCGCUAUCACGAAUGCUAAGGGUUCCUAUUCAUCAAAAGAGGAAAAGGCAGACACAGACGAGCAGCUUAACGGUCGAAGGUCUCUACACAAGGCUUGGAUGGAAUCCUACGACGAAUAUGUUUUCUCACCCUUGGUGGAUGGGCAAUCGCAAUCCACUCAUGUUCAGAGCUUUCUGCAAGGACAUUCAAUACAGGGCAAAGACAAAUCACCCGAACCUUCGUCGAAAGAUACUUCCUUCUUGUCUUCUUCAGUCAGGAGCCUUGGUCCUUCAACUGGAAAGACCGUCAGACCCCCGCCAGAAGUUAACUUUCCCUUGGUGAGGGAGCGAUCACGGGAGAUUGAGAUUCAGUCCCCACGAGGAAGUAUCUACAGAGGUCCCGAGGCCAAAAUACAAGGCGUCCCGCGUGCGGAUGUGCUCUAUCGACAGAUGACCUCGACGCGGAUUAAUGACUUUCAACGUCCUGGCUUCCAUCAACGAGGGGAUUCUGGAGACUCAACCGACCACCGUAGAUCAAUGCAGUCCACUCCGAAUGAGUCUCCGGCCGUUAGUAGAGGAAAUACUCCCCCAAAAAGAACCGGCAUACCACCUCUACCUACAAUCCUAGCUGCGCCUACCAAGCCCGAUAUCAAUACUAGAUCAACGGGAUGGUUUCUUCGACAAAUUAGUUUUGGGGGGAAAGGUGGGACGGCGGCGCCAACAACAGGCACUGCUACGAUUGAUAUUACACCGGGCAAAGUCAAGCCAGCCAGACUCACCGUCGAGAACAACCAGAAAGGUGCAAUAGCUGCAAAACUCGCCAGUACCCGGGUGACAGAUGUUGAGAAGCCAUCUCAACCAAUUGCAAUAAGAACGCCUUCCCGGGCUGCCGUCCCCUCUGUUCAAUCACCCUCAGACCAUGCACCUCAAUCUGCCGAAACUGCACAAGGUACUCAGACUGGAAAACCGUCAACCACCUCGCACCCUAGCUCUAUAACAAAAGACCCUGGAUCUACAUUCUUGUUAGCCUCGAGAGCGCAGAGUGAACAAGGCGCUACAAAGUUGGACAUAUCAACCAGCGGCGGUGCCAGGGACAUCCCUCGAACACUGUCUCCCACAAGCUCGCUUGCGCCCUGGGCGGUGCUUGUAAACCCAUGUAACCCAAAGAAAAAUAGCGUCAACAUCGCCAACCAGUUCCGACGAUGGCAACACGUGUUCCCGAAGCAUCUUCGAACAUCUUCGGUGAAAUGGAAAUCUCUUUGCUCCCCGGCAGCAGUACCAUUAACCAACGAGUAUUUUCCAACGCCAGAGCAAGUUGCGACGGAGUAUAACGAGAGCCCAUAUAAGAUAACCCAGAACGAAGAUGACGAGAUGUUGGAAGCGCCGAAGUCUCGAGAGUCCCUCAUUCGUGAGCUCAUCGCUUUCCGACUCUCACAUGGCUUCCAGAUCGUUGUCGGCCCCGCUGUCGCAGAGUUUUCUGGGGGGCGUGAACACGAUCUGUCCAACGUCUUUCAUCCCGAUUACAUGUCUAAAGACGGUGACACCGUAUUCAUGUGUGUCGGCAAUACAAUCCAUCAGCUUGUUUGUGUAGCCGGCGGUGAAGUUGAAGUUAAACGAUUCAGUCGGAAACCUACCACAGCUUUGCAGUCUUCUGCUGGCAUCGACACUCCAUUUUCCUACAAGCCACUCAUCCGUACUGCAUUGGAAGAUAAGUAUCAAGUUCGCCAUGUCAUGCUACGACCUUCGCGGAAGGAGUACAACUGGAAUUUUAUUGAUACUUUUCUGGCUGGCUACCACGAUGAAUUUUCCGAAAUACUGCGUUUCUGGAGAGCUAGAUUUGUGCUUAUUCCUGUCGAGCUACCUACUGUUAAUCGACGCCCACUGCCUCUUUUGACGGAGGAUUCCGAGGAAGAGAUUCGUUUAGAAGGUAUCCGUAAGUUGACCCAGGUAUGGCAGAGAUACCGCUACAUUCCUCUCGAAGAACGUCACUUCCAAGCUACAACAGCCAAGAAGCAGAAAGACCCAAACCCUCUUGCCAUCGAGUACCACACCCGCGAUCCAUCAAUCAUCGUAGCAGCAGGCCCUGACAGCGCUCUGCUUCCUGACGGUGACAGCGAAUUUCAAACCUCUCUAUUCUCCGAGAAAGACCAAUAUCAUACUUCGAAUAUAGAUAUCAAGAGACUUGCGGAAGAUCUUCAAGGCGAGAAGGGUAUUCAGAUGCUGGACCGUCGUUGGCAUUGGCGACUUCAUUACAACUGCUUCAUUGGCUUCGAUCUCACCACCUGGUUGCAGUCGAAUUUCAAAGAUAUCGACACUCGAGAUGAAGCUGUCAAUCUCGGAAACCAACUCAUGGAUAAAGGGCUAUUUCAGCACGUCCAGAAGAGGCAUCAGUUCCGUGAUGGCAAUUUCUUCUAUCAAAUCGCUGCCGAGUAUCGAGCACCACGCCCAGAACCCCGCACUGGCUGGUUUGGUAUGCGGAGGACCGAUCGCUCCGUUCCAUCAACGCCUCUUUCAGAAGGCCCACGGUCGUCACCUCUUACCGCACGGAGUACUAAAUCUAGGACUAGCACGGAUGAUUCAUCAGAUGCUUCGGGAGAUGAAAAUGAUGGAGAAAAGACGCCAACUCGGGCUACUACCCCAAAACGUAGCGUCAAUUUAUCACGCGUAAUGCGCUACGAUGUUGAUCCCCGAAAACGCUCAUACCGCCCAGAGAUCAUAUCUCUACAUUAUGACCGCUUGCAUAAUCCAGACAACUGCUAUCACAUACGCAUCGACUGGAUGAAUGUCACAGCCAAGCUCAUCGAAGAUGCCAUUGUCACAUGGGCUACUAGCGUUGAAAAGUACGGCCUCAAACUCGUUGAAGUGCCUAUUGCGGAAGCGUCCAAUAUUAUUGACCACCAUCCCUUCCGCUCUCCGUACACCAUCAAGCUUGCGCUCCAACCACCAAAGCAACAUCCUGAGCAGGUGUGGGAUACGGCACACUUUCUACCGCAAUCCAAGACGGACAAGUUCGCGUACCACAAGGCUCUGCUACGCAGAUUAAACUUUGUCUUGGACAUGGAGGCCGCAGACUGCUUCCCUAGAGAUGUAGACGUGACGUACUCUUGGGGAAGACCAGAUUAUAAGUAUACUCAAUUCAUCCACCGCUCCGGGACUCUUCUCGCCCAAAUCACAAACGAAGGCUCAAUCCUCCUUCUCGCAAAUCGACUCGCACAUAACCGGGCAAAGGAUACAACGAAGUUCCGUCCGACAGAUCCAUACGAACAUAAACGCAGCACUACAAAGUCUGCCUCUACUGAAAGUCCCUCAAAUGCUGUAGAACGCUCAAAUCCCCACCGCUCUCCCUUCGCUUCGCCCCUCGCGCGGCCCGUCCAAGACUCUUCGCUCCUGCACACGGCGCUGCAGGAAAAGCUGCCAAAUACAAGUACAACCUCAGCCGCAACUGCAGCGGCUUCAGCAAACCCCCUCCAGCAAACCCCAGAACAAAUCAAAGAUGACAUCGAGGCCUUCUGCUCCGACCCGAUUGCGCUUAAAUCAUUCUACGAUGAGGCGUUUAAACAAGCUCCAAGCCCCUCUCCUCGAAUAACGCCGGUGCUGGAUAACAAUAUCCCGAAUUUAGGAUUGCCGCCUGCCAUCAGUAUCCGCGAAGCGAGCCCUGCGAGUGGAGGAUGGAUUUUGGGUGGUAGCUUGGUGGGAACAUCAGGGGUGGGGAUGGGGGUGGGGAAGAGACAGGGCAGCGAGGGGAGUGUUACGGGGAGUUUGAGGGAGAGGGAGAGUUUAAAGGAUAAUGGAAGGCAGGGAGUUGAUGGAGGCGUGCUUAUAGGUGGAGGGUUUGAAAGGGUGGUUAGGAGGCGGGAUUCUCAAGUGCUAGAGGAGAUUGAGAUGAGAUGAAAUUUACUAGAUGAGGAAAACGGGGAGGCUAGGGAGAUUAAUGACGGAUGUUUGGAUUUUAGAGCAACUUUUCUUGGAGUAUUACAGACAUCUACUAAUUUUCUCGGCGUUUGAGGCUCAAAUACAUGUUUCACAUUUUCCUCUCUCCACUCGGAUUUGUC